GGUUAUGCUGGCUAUCCAAGGCGUGACAUCACCCAGACGGCCCACAUCACCGACCAGUUAUCAUGUCACUCAAGGUUGAGGAUGCCGUGCCUCUACCGCAUCUCUUUUCGAGUAGGUCUGCUACAUGGCCUAGCUCCUACAGUUCUCAAGCUUGUUCGCUAGGCUCGUCGCCCGCGUUAAAGUCACCCCAGCCGCCUCACACAUACAGCCACAUGCACGAGAGUCCUAUGCCUUCACACCACAUCAACAACCUUCCAACAACCGGUUGGUACGAUCCUUCUAUCACAGCUACUGAAUAUCAGUACAUUGGAUACGAGCAUUACAUUCCACCUCACUCCACAGCCGUGCUUUCUCCACCUACCUCCACAUUCUCACAAGCAACUCAGAAGCCCGCGUCAAUAGCACAUGCCGACUCAUCGGCAAGAGUCAUUUCUCCAGUACCGGUUUACCCUCAAAGUUCCUUACUUCGCGAGUCCGCACAGCAAUCGGUCGAGCUACCACAAACUUUAGAUCCAACCUCACAGCGGUCUCCAGCACAUCUGAAGGUCGAUUCGCAUGGCCAGGAGUCCUCUCAUGGCAAUUUCUCCGUCUUGCAACCUGUUCCGAGCACGUCAUCAUGGGCUAUCGAUCCACUCGGGAUUCACACGCCAUCACUGCAGUCGGACUCGUAUUACACAAACUUUGCCCAGCACAUACGAGGUCUCCGCACCGGAGAAACUACGAUAGAGCUUCCGUCGACUGCGCCGCAACCGCGCCGUGUGUUCACUCCUAUCGCGCCUCAACCCAUUGACACUCCAAGAUCGAUGGCUGCAAAGAGAUCCAGAGACGACGACGAGAAUAUGGAACUGUCGAAGAGGAGGCGGCGAUCAGAGUCUACCACGUCUACCCAGCUUGAGCUUUCUGAGGAGGAUAGAUUACUGCUGAAGUUGAAAGAGGAAGAAUUUAUGCCGUGGAAGGACAUUGCAGCCCGCUUUCAGAACGACUUGGGUAAACAGUACCAGAUACCCGCCCUCCAAAUGCGACUGAAAAGGCUUCGAGAACGAAUGCGGGUUUGGAGCGAGGCAGAUGUCAAGGCUCUGCGCAUGGCACAUGAGUAUUGGGCGCAGAACAAGUUCGACAUCAUCUCUCAGAAGAUGCUCGAGUUCGGCGCUCAAGAGAAGUGGACUGCCCGUCAGUGUGCGCGCAAGUGGACAGAAAGCGAUGCGAUGCCAACACCGAUGCCGCAGUACGAUCAGCACGCCCAACACACUUUUACGCCGUAUUCGAUGAGCCCUGCCGAACCUGCGACAUCGUUCCUGCCGUACAUGCACGCUUAGCGACACCGCGCUCAAGUUCAGCAAGGGUACUCAAACAAGAACCACAUGGUUCUGUUGACAUGUUUCGGUUUUCACGACACUUCGGCGCACUCUUGCAUGCUUCCUCUGCGGGCUCAGCGCAGUUUUGGGACACGACCUUUCUUCUCCACCGUACUCUGCAUACCCCAUUUGGGCACGUUGGCCUGUUUUCGCUCGCUGCUAUAUACCCUCACUUGCCCAUCUUCUCAAGUAGCCAGCACUUUGUACACCGGCUUGAUUCCAACAAAGACCGCAGAGUCUAUGAAUGAACGGCAUAUCUACACCC